UCAUCUGCAAAUGUAUUCACCAGCUUCUGUUCCACAACAAGGCUGCUUACUACUGAGAACCUCAAUUGAAAAGAAGCGGGAUUAUGAUCAUUAAAGUCCAUUGAAGAAAAAGAACAAAGACGCUCCGCUUUAUAAAUAGAUGUGUGUGUAGAAUCACGCCGAAGCAGAUGUGUUGGUGUUCAAGGUAAACGCUGUCAGGGCCACAAACAGAAUGGAUGACAUAAAUAAGUUAUUGUAACUACACCAGUCUGCUUGAGACCCAAAUUGAUUCCUGUUUGCAAGCUCACACUCUGUCUUUAACGUGGUGCGAUGGCUCAAGAGGCAGUGAAGACAAGACUUUGCAAAAUUCUGCGUCAUAACUGGGUGGAAGAGCGGGCGGUUUUAGCCAUCGACUCCGCAGACACAUGGGCCAAAAUCCAAAAAUAUGGACACAGGGGAAUCCUCACUGUGGACCAGAACUCUAAAAUGGAGAGCGUCACAACGCAGAGAGCAUAUUUCGCCCCUCCUAAGGGCCCAGGUGUCAGGCUGAAGGGUGUCAGAAAAGUGCUCAAAGAGAAGGAGAUCGCUGAGAUGAUCAGUGAGAAGCUUGAGGCAGAUUCAAGAGAACCACCCCCGAAAACGGACUUCUGCUCCACAACCAAGAGAGAUUUUGGCGUUGAGGGUUUUGUUCCUGCUAUCCCUUUGCCAAAGAAGUCUCAUGACUACACGAAGGACCAGGCUGUCACCUUCUGGAGUGAAAAUUACAAGAAAAUACAUGGCGUGACUAACAUACGGACCCCGACAGCACCGUUCAAUAAGUGGGCCAAGUUCAGCACCCCCAUCAGUGAGCGGCUGGAGGAAGUGUCUGGACAUGGAUGUGAAUGAAUGUUUGUUCAGACGCUUUAGCUCAAAUUCUUCAUCUCUGUUAGAGUCAAGAGUAGAAUUUUUAUUGCUGAAAAAGUCCAGAGUGCAUGAAAAUAAAGACACAGACUACUGUAUCGGAUCAGACUCUACAUGUAAGGAUUAUGUUUAGUAUUGAAGAUUUGAGGGUGAGGUGAAGCUUGACAGAAAGGUGGAAAGGUGCAACUGUGUGAAUGAUUAUGAUGCUGAUAUAUAAUGAUGAGUGAGGUGGUAAUAAAAUAUGGUGGUCGAGGGAAUGAUCUUGGAUUAAAAUCACUUUCACUAAUGGGUGAUAGUAUUUCCUGCAGUAAUUGGCUGCUGCUUCUGUGGCGUUCCUCCUCCAGGUGCUUCUCUGCCUCACACAGCCCUUCACUCACAUUGUGACUUCUGACCGUGUUCAGCUGUAGGAAAUGGUGAAACCUCUGAUGGACGUUUGUCUCCUGCCAAUCACCACCACUCGCUGCAUCCUUCUGCUCCGCCCCCAGCUUCCUGCGGGGGGAUCAUAAGCCGUAGCUAUGGCGACAGACCAUUUCAGCAGGUAUUCAUGCUGAUCUACCCUCCAAACAUAUCAUUAUCAGACGGGAUAAUACACGGGAGCUAAUCUGUCAGCGACAUGUGAGGUUCUGCAGCCAAUAUGGAGCGGCGGAAAAGUUGCCUGCCUCAUUCAUUUGCCUACUCGCCAUGUUUUCUAAGGAGGAGACAUUUUGUGUGUAACAUAAAAUGACAUACAUGCUGAGGACUUUGGUGUAAAGCUGUGCCUGCAUGCAAGUCCAUGCUUCAUGACAGGUAUUCAAGGAAUACAGGUUUCCCAUCAGAACCUUGAGGCCCAGGUGCCGCCGUGGCGGGUUCUAAGAGUGGACUUCAGACUAGUCUCACAGGUCUUAAUUUCCCCCACAAAUGAUCACAUACUUGAGCGCACAUGAUGACAAUUCUCCUCUCGUACAUCUCUAUUCUGAUCAUCUAGUUGCUUGUUGCGGUACCUUGUGACUACUGACAGUAUGUUGAAUAUGAUGUUUCUGGAUCAAAAAAUAUUUGAGGGAAAAUGCCUCUGAAGUAGUAUAAUGUAUUAUCUGUCCCUGCUCGGUCAAAAGUCAAGCUCAGCUGUGGUGUGAUGAAAGGUGCCCCUUUAUUUCUCAUACUCACCUGUGGGAAGUGGCAAUAAUGCAAAAGCACAAAAGCAUACAAGAACUGGUGUAAAGAAGGUGGGUAAAUGAUAUUAGGUUA